AUGACUUACAUUCUCUUUUAUUUCCUACUCUUUACAGUUAUUAUCGGUGGGACAGGUAGGUCAAAACUCCUUCCAAAUCCAAAGGAAGCAAAGCAACCAUUCAUUAUUUAUUUGGUUCUAAUUGCACUAAAGCGUUAUACCUCACUCGGUCACGAUGGAUGCCAUUAA